CAAUACGACGCCAAUAUUUGCCAAGUCGCGCGAUGGACCAAGUGACGUUGACGUUCGAGGAGCUCUCGAUCUUGAACGAGCGCAAGGAAGAGAUCAAGCGCGACCACCUCGAGUACCUCGAUGCCCACCCGGAGCUCAAGACGCUCAUGAGCUCCUUCAUGUGCGCUGUCCUUAUGGAAAAGCCAGCCGACGUCGUCGCGUUCGCCAAGGCCCACUUUGACGCGCUCGCGCCCAUGAAGAUCGCGCCGGCGCCGCUCGUCAUCGCCGGUCCGUCGGGCGUGGGCAAGGGCACGCUCAUCAACCGCCUCAUGGCCAAGUACCCGGAGCUCUUUGGCUUCUCGGUGAGCCACACGACGCGUGGCCCGCGUGAAGGCGAGAUCAACGGUGUCGCCUAUCACUUCGUCACGAUCGACGAGUUUGACGGCCAAGUCGCCAAGAACGCCUUCCUCGAGCACGCCAACGUCCACGGCAACCGAUAUGGCACGAGCAAAUUUGCUGUCGAGCACGUGCAAGCUCAGGAGAAGAUUUGCAUCCUGGACAUUGACGUUCAGGGCGUGCGCCAGGUCCAGGGCGCCCAGCUCAAGAAGGUCAACUACCUCUUCGUCGCGCCGCCGUCGAUGGCCGACCUCGAGAAGCGCCUGCGUGGCCGUGGCACGGAGACCGAGGACAAGAUCAAGAUCCGGCUUGCGAACGCCAAGGGCGAGGUCGACUUUGCCGGCGAAGGCCACUUUGACAAGGUCCUCGUCAAUAACGACCUUGACGACGCGUUCGCGGAGCUCGAAGAGACGCUCUUCAAGUGGUACCCCGAGGUCCGCUUCCAGCAGUAGACCGACUAGAUUGCAUAUACUACGCUUCGACUAACACCUAAUAUAAUGGUGCAUGACGGACGACCCUUG